GUCUCAGUAUAUAAGCCUGUCAUGCAGGGUGGAGAAGCCUGACGAGUGACCAACUAAUGGUCAGUAGUUUUUUUGUGUUACGUAGGUUGACGUCAAACUUUUUUUUAUAGCUAACUAAACGGUCAAGCACUGUAAUAUUUUUGGGCUGGAAGUUAAUUUAUUAUGGCUCGCACUAUGGAGCUGCUGUUGGCAUGUUUUCUGGUGAUCCUUGGCUCCGUUCUGGGCCAGCAGGAGAUCGACCUUGACACCUUAGAAUUGGGACGUAUGUUUGAAGGCAUCGGAGGUAUCAGCGGUGGAGGGGCUACAUCAAAGCUUCUGGUCAAUUACCCGCAGAAACAACGUGAUGAGAUUCUGGAUUAUUUAUUUAAGCCCAACUUUGGCGCAUCACUUCAGAUACUGAAAGUCGAGAUAGGUGGUGAUGCACAGAGUACUGAUGGAUCCGAGUCUUCUCAUAUGCACUACGAGUGGGAAGAGAACUACGAACGAGGCUAUGAAUGGUGGCUGAUGCUAGAAGCUAAAAAGAGAAACCCAGAUAUCAAAUUGUAUGGUUUGUCUUGGGGGUUUCCUGGAUUCCUCAGACGUCUUGACAACACACCAUUUUUGAAUAACACAAAGACUGCAGAGUACAUAGUUAAAUGGGUGAAUGCAGCAAAAGUGUUUUAUAACUUGACCAUUGACUUUAUUGGUAUCUGGAAUGAAAGACCUUAUGAAGUGGACUACAUCAGGAUUUUAAGAAAGACCCUGGACUCGCAAGGAUUUCAAAAUGUUCUUCUUGUUGUUGGUGACAAUUCUUGGGAAGCUGUGUCUGAUAUCCACAGUGAUCCAGAUCUUGCUCCUUUGAUCUAUGCUCUAGGUUGCCAUUAUCCUGGAACAUAUGCAUGGGAUCAAGCUGUCUUUUCGGGAAAGCCGCUAUGGGCUUCAGAAGAUUACAGUACAUUCAAUGAUAAUAUUGGAGCUGGAUGCUGGGCCAGGAUCUUAAACCAGAACUAUGUCAAUGGUUAUAUGACAUCAACAAUUUCCUGGAAUUUAAUAGCAAGCUAUUAUGGAGGACUUCCAUAUGAAAGAGAUGGGCUAAUGACAGCUGAACAGCCCUGGACAGGCCAUUAUGUUGUGGACAAUCCUAUCUGGAUAUCUGCACACACUACACAGUUCACAGAGAUAGGCUGGCAUUACCUCAGGCAUGGUACUGGAGUAGGGAAACUUGAUCUUGGUGGUUCCUAUGUAUCUAUUCUCAGCCCAGACAAACAAGAUCUAACUAUUGUGAUUGAAACUAUGCAACAUGAUCAUUCAAAAUGCAUUAGACCAAAUAUUAAUUGGUUUGAGGUUAAGAAACAAGACAUUGUCAUUAAUCUAAAGGGAGAGUUGGCUAAAUUCACUGAAAUGGACUUGUGGUUCACCCAACUUGGUUAUGAUGGAAAUAACUCUACAGUAUUCCAGAAACUUGACACCAUUAAGUUUGUGAAUGGUUCAUUUAAACUAAGCUUAGGAUUAGAUCAAAUAUACACACUGACAACAGUCAAAUCUGGUAACCAUGGCAGCUAUCCUGAUCCACCAGCACCAAAACCUUUCCCUCUGCCAUAUUUUGAUGACUUUGAAGGUGUUCAGGUUUACCAGGAACCUUUUAACCUUGCACAGCAAGCAGGCAGUUUUGAAGUUCUAACUGAUGGCAAAAACAAAUUUGUCCGUCAAAUGUUAAUAGACAUCCCGGUUAUGUGGUGCUUUGCUGAGCAAUCUGGCAAAGGUAUUACAUAUAUUGGAAAUUAUUCCUGGAGUGAUAUUUUUCUAGAGGUAGAUUUCCGCUGUUCCAAAGUCAAUGCUUCAAGUGGUGUAUUUCUUGCAAGCAGAUUAGACAGAAGUGGUUGUGAUACUCAGCUGACUAGUGGAGCUUUCUUUGGAGUGUACUGUGAUGGUGCCUGGACACUGCAUCAAAGCAUCUCUGGUAAUGAAUUAGAUCAUGGGACUUUGGAUAUACAUGAAGAGUGGAACAAAUUAUCAUUGCUAAUUCAUGGCCAUCAAAUAAUGGGGGCCUCCAAUGGUGUUGGAAUCUUCAAUGAAACAAUCCAUGAUAUACCUGGCAGUGGCUUUGCUGCAUUUGGCACACUAACCUUUGGGCUUGCAGAUUUUGACAAUCUACACAUCAAGACAGCAGAAGACGGAUUGGCCAUUAUGGAUACAUACUUUCAUCCUCACCAGCCACUCUACUUUCAACAAGAACAUAAAAUAAGAAACUGAACACAUUUUUCAAGCUCCAAAUAAAAACUCUGAAUGAAAGCUAAAUGAAUAAUGCUGUGAGUGAAGCACUUGUGAAUGCUGCUGUUAUGAAUGAAAUUAAAUGUAAACGUGAUUUCACUUAA